AACUACUUACAGCCUACAAGCGCCCGAUUACCUCUUUCAACCGAUCAGCAAUGGCGGCGUCGCUCUUCGCCACACGGCGUACGUUAGCCUCAAUCCUAUCCCGCCGCUCCCGCCUCGCCCUCCCCGUCCUCCUCAACCACCACAACCACGAACAAGAGAUACCCGUACCGGACCCGGUCAGAUUCCAAACCCGGUUGAGAACCUCGGGUUCGGGUUAUUCCCCUUUAAACGACCCGUCUCCGAACUGGAGCAACCGCCCGCCGAAGGAGACGAUUCUCCUGGACGGCUGCGAUUACGAGCACUGGCUCAUAGUGAUGGAGUUUGAUAAGGAGCCUAAGCCCACCGAAGAAGAGAUGAUUGAUACGUAUGUUAAAACCCUAGCUUCCGUCAUAGGAAGUGAAGAGGAAGCAAAGAAAAAGAUAUAUUCUGUUUGUACGUCGACGUAUACUGGAUUUGGAGCUUUGAUCUCCGAAGAGCUAUCAUCCAAAGUUAAAGGCUUACCUGGUGUUCUAUGGGUACUGCCCGAUUCGUAUCUUGAUGUUCCGAAUAAGGACUAUGGAGGUGAUCUGUUUGUUGAUGGAAAAGUCAUUCAUAGGCCACAGUAUAGGUUUACGGAUAGACAAAAUACGAGUCGAAGGCCCCGCCCAAGAUACGACAGGCGUCGUGAAACAAUGCAGGUACCAAGGAGGGAGCCUGUGCAACCAAUAGCAGGUGGGGGUCAGAAUGUAAGUCAAGGGGGCGAGAGGGGUGGUUACCCCCCAAACCAGGGGGUUUCAGGGAAAUAAUGCAUGAAGGAAUGGGUAAUUGUGUUUUAAUUUGGUUUGACAGUUUCAUUACUAAUGCAGGAGUUGUUGUCUGAAUCUAGACUUUUUAGAUUGAAAUUAGUCAAUUAUUAUUGUGCAGUUGGAUUUUAUUUUUCAGCUGCCAACUGUAGCAAGUUGUCCCAUGUUCUCUAACUUGUCCGAUGUUGAAAUUC